UUAAAUCAGAAUCGUUUGCAUCGCAGCUGGCGGCAAUCCAAAAAUAAGAGCCAAAAACAAAAGAAAAGAUUUUCUUUUAUAGAGAUUUUAACAAAAGAGUGGUUUUCUUCGAAAAAAAUAGUAAGAAUUACGUUUCAUCGUGGAAAAAUUGUUCAUUGGACGAACACAUUUCAAAGAAUUAGCAAUGGCAACGAAACGGGCGUUUAACAUUCUUGAGCAACGGAACAUCAACGAAAACUCACACAUUGGCAAAUCCUCGUUUCCCGGCAAAAAUAGUUCACGGGCUCCAUUCAAAAGUGCCCUCAAGGAUCUUACUAACAACAGUUCCUCGACGCGGCCGAACUUCACCGGGAAGCAACCUUCCGAUGGAUCAACUGCUCUGAAAAAACCUCUUCAGCAACAACAGAAACCGUUCGCAUCGUCAGUUUCACGGAAGAAAUUGUCCGAAUGCAACGUUUCUCAACAGGUUACCGCUGUUAAGAAGCAGCACACGGUCGCGGCACCACCGUUUCCCAUAUUCAGCCCUCUGGAUGCCGAAUACAGUUGGGGUAAGGAGGCUUGUCUAAGGGAGGAUUUACUGGAACAGAUGAUCGAAUACAAUGGCGUCCGGUACCAACGGGAAAUAAAGCCACUGAAAGCGCCAAAAAUGGAAGCGGUGGAGCUGCCGGAAUUGGAAAUUCCGCGUCCAAAUGAGGUAUCCAAACCGGCGGUACCGAAUCGAUUUCCGUCCAAUUUCCUCUUCAAUCUGCAAGAGGUGGACAUCCCGGAUUUGGAGUUUAUGUUCUAGGUACAGACAUGCAGUAACCAAGAUCUCUGCUUUAUUUUAGAUUGGUAAGUUUUCUUUUUGUAUAGUAUUUGUAUUUGCGUUUCAUCUCUAUUUUUGUAAUACAAAAUGACAACAAAAA